AUGGCAACCCAGCAAGGAGCCCCGUCUCGUCCAUGGUUCCGCUUAGCCACUAUGGUUCGCCCACCCCCACCCCCACCCCCAACUCAACAGCCUGAUCAGGCCCCGCCUCCACCAAGGCCAGCAUUUAUCCUCCCAGCAUUUAGUCAAGCCCCACCACCUGUGCCACGUCCUCCCAAUGCUGCAGCGCCGACAUCACCCACGACUCGUGUUUCCACCCCAACAUCACCGCCCGUGGCUAAAGCCACACCAAAAGCCGCACGUGUUUCCACUCCGCCUACCAUCUCUAAGCCUCAAUCUCCAUUGGUUCUCCCUCCACCACAGCCUAAAUAUGAGGAGAAGGCCGUGAUCACGCAAGAAACAAAAGGUUUGGGCAGUGGUAGGCAUGUGGGCUGGGGUUCCCGUAACCCAAAAGAUACCACCAAUGCCUCGGAUUCUGAUGAUGUGGGAAUGAAGAUUAUAACAAUUGCAGGUGAAAACAAAGGAGCCAUCAUGGACUUGGGCAAAAAGAAAGACAACCCUACACCUUCAAGCGGCGAUGAAAACAAGUCAGGAAGCAAUUCGGAAGGAAAAUCAAACGCAAGGAAGAAGGAUCAGAAAUUGAAGUCGCCACUGAUGAGGGCAAUCAUGAAUAGCAAUGUCCAGGGUGUAAACAAUUCGAUUCUCUUGAAUAGCUCCACCAAUCAUCAUGACCCUGGCGUUCAUCUUUCUUUCUCGAGAAAGCCCAGCCCAACUCAGUGA